UCAAAUUAGAAAAAGAAAAACUAUUAAAAAUGCCUAGAAAGUGUGCUGGAUGUGAUAAAAAUGCUAUAUUGAAGAGACCUAAAACAGCUGAUGCACUGUGCAGGGAAUGUUUCUUUUGGGCCUUUGAGGAGGAAAUCCACCACACCAUCCAGCAUGCAAACCUCUUCUCUCCAGGUGAUACAGUGGCCAUUGGUGCCUCAGGUGGGAAAGACUCAACAGUACUGGCACACACCAUGAAAAUCUUGAAUGAACGUCACAAAUAUGGCCUGAAUCUGAUUCUGCUCUCUGUGGAUGAAGGCAUCACUGGAUACAGGGAUGAUUCUCUAGAGACUGUGAAGAGGAACCAGCAGCAGUAUGAUCUGCCAUUGACCAUUGUUUCCUAUGAGGAACUUUAUGGGUGGACCAUGGAUGCAAUAGUUCAACAAAUUGGCCUAAAAAAUAACUGUACAUUCUGUGGGGUAUUCAGGAGACAGGCUUUGGACAGGGGGGCAAUGAAGCUGGGGGCCACGAAAAUUGUUACAGGGCACAAUGCUGAUGACAUAGCGGAAACAGUCAUUAUGAAUGUCUUGCGUGGAGACAUAGCUAGGCUGCGGAGGUGUACAGGCAUUACGACCGGCGCUGAUGGUUAUCUAUGCAAGCCUUUUAAAUAUACUUAUGAAAAAGAAAUUGUAAUGUAUGCUUACUUCAAGAAGCUUGACUACUUCUCUACAGAGUGUAUCUACUCACCAAAUGCCUACAGGGGAUUUGCACGAGCUUACAUAAAAGACCUUGAAAAAAUUAGGCCAAGUUUAAUUAUUGAUAUUUUUUACAGUGGAGAAAGUCUGUGUGUGAAAAAAGAAGUGCGGAUGCCAGUUCAAACCAUUUGCAAGAGGUGCAACUUCAUCUCCAGUAAUGAAGUGUGUAAAGCCUGUGUUAUGUUGGAAGGUAUGAACAAGGGAAGACCCAGGCUUGGUAUAGGAAAAAUACAUAAAGAAAGGAGGAACUGGAAAGAGGAACUAGAACAGCAGGCAAAGAGUUUAUCUCUACAAAAUUCAGGCACUGAUUGUACUAUCAGUUCAUCCAGCAAGACCAGCUGUUGUACCAGUUCAUCCAGCAAGACCAGAUGUUGUACCAGUUCAUCCAGCAAGACCAGAUACCAGAUGUUGUACCAGUUCAUCCAGCAAGACCAGAUGUUGUACCAGUUCAUCCAGCAAGACCAGAUGUUGUACCAGUUCAUCCAGCAAGACCAGAUGUUGUACCAGUUCAUCCAGCAAGACCAGAUGUUGUACCAGUUCAUCCAGCAAGACCAGAUGUUGUACCAGUUCAUCCAGCAAGACCAGAUGUUGUACCAGUUCAUCCAGCAAGACCAGAUGUUGUACCAGUUCAUCCAGCAAGACCAGCUGUUGUACCAGUUCAUCCAGCAAGACUAG